AUGAGGGUGCCUGGCAGACACUACCGCCGGGAGCCGCCGUGCCCAGAUGGCAAACCCCACCGGCUUCUUCGAUGCCACGUCUCCUUCGAGCUGUUUGCAGACAAAGUUCCAAAGACGACAGGAAACAUUCGUGCUCUGAGCACUAGGGAGAAAGGAUUUGGUUAUAACGGUUCCUGCUUUCACAGAAUUAUUCUGGGAUGUAAGCGCCAGGGUGGUGACUUCACACGUCAUGAUAGCCCAGGCAGCAAGUCCAUGUAUGGGGAGAAAUUUGAUGAUGAAAAUUUCAUCCUGAAGCACACGGGUCCUGGCAUCUGGUUCAUGGCUGGACCCAACACAAACGUUUCCCAGGUUUUCACCUGCAUCGCCAAGACUGAGUGGUUGGAUGGCAAGCACGUGGCCUUAGACGGCAUGGACGUGGUGGUAGCCAUGGAGUGCUUUGGGUCCAGGAGCGGCAGGACCAGCGAGAAGAUCACCAUUGCUGACUGUGGACAGCUCUCAGAAAGUUGA